AACAGAAGGGGAGAGAGACACUGUCCUGAUCAUCCUCUCAGAUAGUUGGCAGUCGAAACAUAACACACCUGAGUCAGUUUUCCUAGCAGCAAUACUGAACAUCACCACCAUGUCUGUGAAGUUGAACCUUCUCUCUCUGUGCCUGCUUGGAACAGUGAUUCUCUGUGCAGCUGCCACAAGUACACCACCCCCCCAGCCCACCACCAAUCCCACCAGCACUACUGAAGAGAUCAUCACUCUAACCAAUCCCACCAGCACUACUGAAGAGAUCUCCACUCUAACCAAUCCCACCAGCACUACUGAAGAGAUCACCACUCUAACCAAUCCCACCAGCACUACUGAAGAGAUCACCACUCUAACCAAUCCCACCAGCACUACUGAAGAGAUCACCACUCUAACCAAUCCCACCAGCACUACUGAAGAGAUCUCCACUCUAACCAAUCCCACCAGUUCUAGUGGAGGGAAUUCAGAAACUACCAAUAUCAGCAUCGAGCAGGAAAAUGGAGGUUUUUCGCCAGGUGAAAUUGCUGGAAUAGUCAUCGGAACGAUAGCAGGGGUGGCUGCUGUGGGUGGGGCAUUGUUUGCCGGUCUGACGUUCGCUGGGAAGUUGGGGUGAUGGUGAAAACCAACUGAAGCCAGCAGUGUCCUCUGCCGUCCAGCCUGCCACUGGCUUCACCUGUGUU